GUUGAAAUAAUAUAGCACUUCUCUGUUUCACAUCACAUGGAUCUUCUUUUGCCGUGAGGAAUAUAUUUUUUCAAAAACCUUUUUUUUCCAUUUAAUUAACUCUGUUUUAGUACAGAACACGGUCUCAAAUUUCUUAGCUUUUCAUAGUUUGAAUGAAAAUUUUCUAAAAAGAAUAACCCUUUCUUGUUUUUCUCAUACUUUUUUUCCUAGAAAGGUGUUGCCUUUUUUUUUUAUCUGGAGAACCACAACAUUGUUCCUUCUUGAAUUAUAGAUUCAGAGUAAAAUAAUUAUGUGUGGUCAUGAAAGUGUGUGUCUGUGUGUAGGUGGGACAUGGUGUGUAUGCAGAGAAGGAUUAAGCGAAGCAAUGCUACAGAAGACAUUGGACUACGCAUGUGGCGCAGGAGCUGACUGUGGACCCAUUCACCAGAACGGACCUUGCUUUAACCCAAACACCGUCAAGUCUCACUGCUCCUACGCAGUCAACAGCUUCUUUCAGAAGAAACGUCAGUCUCAGGGAACUUGUGACUUCGCCGGCACAGCCACCGUCUCAGCCUCUGAUCCCAGCUACACUACUUGUGCUUUUCCUGCAAGUGCCAGUGGAAGUGGGACAAUGACACCAGUGACGACAACACCAUCGACAAGAGUCCCUACGACAACUAAUACAAGACCCUACACAGUCACACCUUCAACAGGAGGUGGUUUAGGGAUUCCAGCCGGUGGUUUCAACCCAGACUACACUGAUCCAUCUUAUUCCUUUGGAUCCAAACUCCAAAGCCCAAGAGCCACCACUUUAUUUUUUUUAUUCAUGCUCUUCUACUUGUUGAUCUAGUAGAGUAAACAACAACUAACGUUGGACUGUGGAUCAUGUGACUGUGGUGGGUCUCUCUCUCCCACUAAUGGAAUCUUUUGAGAGAGACUUGUUUUCUUCAAUCUUUGUCUGGCUUUUUUACUAGCUGUUAUCCACUUGCUUCUGCAAAAAAAAAAAUUGUACAUUAUGAUUUUAACUAAGGUGACGGCAAAUAUUUAACC